AUGGCUUCCAAGAGGCCGUCCUGCCUUCCCUCUCUGCUGCUGCUGCUCCUGAGGCUACUGCUGCACCAGGCAAACAGUCGGUCUUUCGUAGUGGAUCGGGACCAUGACAGAUUCCUCCUGGACGGGGUUCCGUUCCGCUAUGUAUCUGGCAGCGUGCACUACUUCCGGGUACCGAGGGUGCUUUGGGCAGACCGGCUUCUCAAGAUGCGAAUGAGCGGCCUUAACGCCAUACAGUUUUACGUGCCCUGGAACUACCAUGAGCCAGAGCCUGGGGUCUAUAACUUUAACGGCAGCCGGGACCUCAUUGCAUUUCUGAAUGAGGCAAAUAAGGCGAACUUGUUGGUCAUCCUGAGACCAGGACCUUACAUCUGUGCGGAGUGGGAGAUGGGGGGUCUCCCAUCCUGGUUGCUUCGAAACCCUGAAAUUCAUCUAAGAACCUCAGAUCCAGACUUCCUUGCUGCAGUGGACUCCUGGUUCAAGGUCUUGCUGCCCAAGAUAUAUCCAUGGCUGUACCACAAUGGGGGAAACAUCAUUAGCAUUCAGGUGGAGAAUGAAUACGGUAGCUAUAAGGCCUGUGAUUUCAGCUACAUGAGGCACCUGGCUGGGCUCUUUCGUGCACUGCUAGGAGACAAGAUCUUGCUCUUCACCACAGAUGGGCCUGAAGGACUCAAAUGUGGCACCCUCCAGGGACUCUAUACCACUGUAGAUUUUGGCCCAGCUGACAACAUGACCAAAAUUUUUACCCUGCUUCGGAAGUACGAACCCCGUGGGCCAUUGGUGAACUCUGAGUACUACACAGGCUGGCUGGAUUACUGGGGCCAGAAUCAUUCCACACGGUCUGUUCAAGCUGUAAUCAAGGGCCUAGAGAACAUGCUGAAGUUGGGAGCCAGUGUGAACAUGUAUAUGUUCCAUGGAGGUACCAACUUUGGAUACUGGAAUGGUGCUGAUGAGAAGGGGCACUUCCUUCCAAUUACUACCAGUUAUGACUACGAUGCACCCCUCUCUGAAGCAGGAGACCCCACACCUAAGCUUUUUGCUCUUCGAAAUGUCAUCAGCAAGUUCCAGGAAAUUCCUUUGGGACCAUUACCUCCCCCCAGCACCAAGAUGAGACUUGGACCUUUGACUCUGUACUUGGAUGGAAGUUUGCUGGCUUUCCUAAACUUUCUAUGCCCCCAAGGGCCCAUCCGUUCAAUCUUGCCAAUGACUUUUGAGGCUGUCAAGCAGGACCAUGGCUUUAUGUUGUACCGGACCCAUCUAGUUGACACUUUUACAGAGCCAACAUCCUUCUGGGUGCCGAACAACGGACUCCAUGACCGUGCCUACGUGAUGGUGAAUGGGGUUUUCCAGGGUGUGUUGGAACGCAACAUAAAACACAGACUAUUUCUGAUGGGGAAAAUGGGGGACAAACUGGAUGUCUUAGUGGAAAACAUGGGGAGGCUCAGUUUCGGGUCUAACAGCAGUGACUUCAAGGGCCUGUUGGAGCCACCACUUCUGGGGCACAGAGUCCUUACCCAGUGGUUCAUAUUCCCUCUGAAAAUUGAUAACCUUGUAAAGUGGUGGUUUCCUGUCCAUUUGCCGAAAAGGUUACCACCUCCAACUCCUUCCGGCCCCACCUUCUACUCUGCGACAUUUCCAAUUUUAGGCUCAGUUGGGGACACAUUUCUGUCUCUACCUGGAUGGUCCAAGGGCCAAGUCUGGAUCAAUGGGUUUAACUUGGGCCGGUACUGGACUAAGAGAGGGCCACAACAGACCCUAUAUGUGCCAAGACCCCUGCUGUUUCCUAGCGGAACCUUCAACAAAAUCACAUUGCUGGAGCUAGAAAAUGUGCCUUCCCAGCCUCAAAUCCAAUUUCUGGACAGUCCUAUUCUCAAUAGCACCUUGUAUAGGAUAUACCUUAAUUCCCUCUCAGCUGAUAAACUAAUGGAGUUAAGUGGGCACUGA